AUGCUCCCCCUCCCUCCUCCAUCCCCAUUCAACCUCUACGUAGAAUCCUAGGAGCAGUAUGAUUGCAUAUCUGGUCUAUUCAUAGGCUCGAGCCGUUGUACAAUUCAAUGCUUCACUCGCUCGGCCUCGUACCACUCAGUAGACCCUGACGAGGUGGGAGGGUUGGUUGGCUUAUGUGAGUAUCAUUCCCGAGUUCGAUUCCUGAACCAUGGUUCUCAUAGCGCAUUUAUUGGAACGACAGCAGACUCUGCGCGAUUCUACGAUUUCUCUGGUAUUAGUGUUCAAUUUCAGCCAUCAACGUGA